AUGGCAACAACACCAGGGAAUGUCGCCACCACACCCGGUUCGCCGGAGCUUGCGUCAACAGGCCUUGAAAAGGUCAUCACCACGCGCCAAUUUAUUUUCAUGGCGCUUGGUUCUUCUAUUGGUGCUGGCUUGCUUAUAGCAUCAGGUCAAGCUCUCGACGUCUCGGGCCCAGCGCCACUCUUGAUAGCUUUUGCCAUGAAUGGCUUUGCCGUGUGGGUUACCAUGUGCAACCUUGGGGAACUGUCGACCCAUUUUCCUGGCGAAGGGUCUUUCUACGAAUUCUCAGUUCGCUUCAUCUCGCCAGCGUGGGGGUUCACGAUGGGCUGGAAUUAUGUUCUGAAUAUGAUAUUCAUAGUUCCUUUUGAAAUCAUCAUCGUGGUUAUGUGCGCACGGUAUUGGGAUAUUAAUAUCUCAGCUCUCUACCUCGUUCCCGUUAUCAUCUUCGGGUUAAUCGUCAUCUACGCAUUCGGCACGAGAUGGUACGCUGAGGCUGAGAAUCUCUUUGGUAUCCUCAAGAUCAUUGUUAUUGCCGUCUUCAUUGUAACCGCUAUUUGCAUCCUGGCCGGUGGUGUACGAACCGACCCACGCCCUACAGUAGACUUGGCGUAUAAGCAAUGGGGCUCCGGAGCAUUCUUGAACGGCGCACCGGGAUUCUUCUUCGCCUUCGCUACUGCUGGUAUGGCGUAUGGCGGUACUGAAAUGUUAGGGCUAACAGCGGCUGAGUGCUGUUCGCCGCAGCGCGUCAUGAAACUCGCAAUGAUCGCGGUCCGGAUAAUACUGUUGCAUCUAGUCCCUGUGCUCCUGCUCAGCCUCGUGCUCACAAGCCGUACUAGCCCCUCAGCUAAUAACGAUGGCUCGGCUAAGGAACUAAUAAGCCCCUUCGUUGUGGCCGUCUCAGAAGCUCACAUUCCCGUACUCCCGGACUUUAUGAAUGUCGUUAUCGUCACCUCCAUCUUCUCCGUAGCCAGCGCGUGCGUAUUCGCAGCUUCUCGGGCUUUGCAAGCGAUCUCGGCGCGCGGCAUGGGCCCUCGCUUUUGUGGACGACUCUAUCGAGACAAGCCAGUGGGUGCGCUUGCCAUCAUCUUCGCCUUUUCGCUACUCUCUUUCAUCAAAGCUGCAAAGAAUGGUGACGAGGUUUUCGUGUGGUUACUUUCUCUCAAUUCGUGCUCCAACUACUUGACCUGGUUGUCUAUCUGUGUUGCCCAGAUUCGCUGCCGACUCGCCCUCAAGAGACAACGCAGAUCCUUCCAAGACCCGCAGGCAUACAACUCACCCGUUGGCAUCAUCGGAUCCGUCGUUGCUGUCAUUAUCUUCGCGUACGGGUUGGUGGUGCAGAUUGCGGCUGGGGCGAAGAGCCCGUUGGUCCCUCCGCCCCCGGUCGCCGCGAGUUUCAUUGGACUUGUUGUCGUCGUCGUUUUGUGGGUUGGAUACAUGUUAUACAUGCACGACCGCACGUUCAUGAUUCCUCUAGACAUGAUCGAAUUCGGGCAUAAAGAGAACAUAUUCAUUCCCACAACUCUUCCCGAGUCUGAUCAAGCACCUGCAGUGUAA